UACUGCUGGCUACUAACUUUGGCCAGUGCAUCGUGCAGUGCAUUAGCUUGAAGAGCUUGAAUCUCGAUCGUGAAGUUAUUAAACUGUGAUCAAACGUAACUCAACAUCGUCGCGCAUGUUUGGGUAGCCAGCAAUAACGAUGCUAAAGAACUUGCAGCCGAUUACGAGGACGCUGCUAACGAAGCUGCAUCCAGUGCAACGUGGGCAAGCGAGAACGACAGUGAUCGUGAAGCGUAAGUUUCCAGUGGAACUUACAAAGCUGACCGACAAACAUUCCAGGCCACUGAGAAAGAGACAUUAUGUUUACGAAUACGAUGAGAUCACGGAACAGAAGAAGAAGGAAAACAUUGAUGUCAUCCUGACUCGGCACGUUGAUGGUAAAGGGGACAAGUGGGACAUAAUUUCGGUACCUUCCUACUACGCCUAUUUCAACCUCAUCUUGCCCGGGUAUGCCAUGUAUGCAUCCCCCGAGAACCUGGAGCUGCGUGAAAAGCACAAGCAGGAAAAGGUCGAGGCAGGCCCCACUUUCAGCUCCCCAUAUGCCUCUUUGACCAUUCGCUUGAUGGAGACACGCACGUACAACCUUUCCAUGAACAGGGAUCUCCCGUGGACCGUGGAACCCUGGCACGUCAGAGUGGCUCUCAGAAAAACGGGCGUAGUGGUACGCGACGAGAGUGUCCUCCUGCCAGAAACUCCCAUCGUGGGACCUGAUCCUUCCAUGCAGGGCAAGGUCUUUGCCCUCAAUAUCUUGAUAAACGGCAGGGACAAGGCCCACGUGCUCAUGAGGAUCAACCUCACCCACAAAGACUACAAGAACGACCCUCGCGUUCCGUACUACGAGAGUCCAGUCGAAGCGUUGCUGCCGGAGCAGGAGCAACUAGUCAAGGAACUGGUCGCUACCAGACAGCCUGCAACGGCUGCAUUGUUAGAAAAUCUCUAGUUGUUACUAAAAUAAGGAUUCCACCCAACGCUCAUCACCAUCCGAUGGACUGGUCCGUCGUCCACAGCCGCCCAGCCAUAAUAGACACCACACUUUAAGUCCUCUGGAAGAUGCUCCACGAGAUCUGCGGGAAAGUUUGCUGGAGAGAAAAAUGUGUUACUUAAUGGUAGAACGACGCUUAACAGUAAAAAAAUAUGCAUCAUUCACAAAACUUCUUUACUUCUAAACUAAUUUACGAAUAAAAUUUACGAGUUAGUUAU